CAAAAAAAUUACAUGCAAAACAAAAACUCAUUAUCGCUGAUAGUUUAAUUUCAGCAGACUAAUCAUCAUGGCCGAAGGUUCGGUUCGAGUUGACCCGCCGGUCCUGGAGUUUAAAGAUGUAGAAGUCGGCCAUGUUUACAGGAGAGCCGUGACGGUGACGAAUGUUGGAAAAACCUCGAAGAACAUCAGGAUUGAGAAGCCCGUGUCCAAGAUCUUCAGCUUCAUCCCCUCCAGCCAAGCCAGGUCUGUCCCCUCAGGUUUGUCCGUGAGCGGCUUCCUGGUGUUCACUCCCGAAGCUGAGGAGGAAGUCAGAGACCACAUCCAGGUUCACGUGGACAACAUGGAGACAUUGCAGAUCCCGGUGCUCGGGUCUCCCAAAGCGUGCUGUCUUGUAACCGACUCGCUGCUGGACUUCGGCUGCGUGGUGGCGAGCAGUCAGGUGGUCAGCAGACUUCAUGCUGUAACCAACGCAGGCUCAGCAGCAGGUGCAUUCCACGUUGAGCUCAGCGGUGUCGACUCCUCGCUCAGCGUUUCACCGCUCAGCGGGGUCGUAGCAGCUGGCUCCACCCAGUGGCUGAAUGUGGAGCUGCACACGGACCGACCCAGACAGAUCCAUGACAGAGUUCUGGUGAGGCUCCAGAACAGAUCAGAUGUAGUUCUCAGUAUCAGGGCGGAGGUGGUGGAGCAGCAUCUCCAGGUUCUUGACCUGAAGGUAGAUUUGGGGUYUCCCCUCACCUGUCUGUGGUUUGGACCAGUCUACUUUGGAACUUCCUGCGUGAAGAAGGUGGUCUUGAGGAACUCUGGACCCCGGGUGUGUGACUGGGUCUGUCUGCUGCAGGAGACUGCUGCAGGGACUGAGAGGGGGACAGACCUCCAGAGGAGCACAGACGCCGCCCUGGUGGAAGGAAUGAAGAAGUGCAGCUCAGCUGAGCAGGACCUUGCUCAGGUUCUGGUGUGUGUGCCUUCACAUGGUCGACUGGGUCCAUAUGAUAGAACCACGCUGACGGUCUGCUUCAGUCCCGUCUGGAACAGGAAGUUGUACGAGGAUUCAUGCAGGCGGCAGGAUUAUUGUCUCUUCCUCCUGUUUGACAUCGUGGACUGCAGACAUGGCUUCACCCACCAGAAUGCUACCAGCAGCAUGGAGAUGGCAGUAACUGGCUCCGGAGUCCCCGUCUCUGUGGUGCCUGAACCCUCUCACAGAUUCGACUUCCUGAGCUGCGCGCUCGGACAAAGUCUAGAUCACCUUUGUGUGCUCCGAAAUCUCUGCCCUCAACUCUCUGUGAGCUUCCGCUUCAGCAAAGUGGCUUAUUUUACAGCUGAACCUUCAGCAGGCACUAUAGGUCCUGGGCAGUGCCAGGUGAGACCAGCAGCAACCUCAGGGCAAGCUGGAUCACAGCGCAGUAAACUGUCACGCUGCUUGGGACCGACCCGCGCUGCUCUGCUCAGUUCUGCCAAAACCCAAUUCCACAAACAUCACAGAGACCGAAGAGGGAGCGUGAAGGGAAAGGAGCUCCUGGCCUUUCCUGAUGACCGGGCCUGCAGCAUCAGACCAGCAUCUUCAGAGAAACGAACCAUCUUUACUGGCAUUCCCCGCUAUCGCUACGUAGACGAGGACUAUGCUUUCACAGAGGAAGAGGAAGAGCAGAGGCGCCGUCAUCGCCAGGUCUACAUGGAUUUCAUCAAACAGCUCAGACAAAGCCGACUUCAGAGGAUCGAGAASAGACAACAAGACAAGACAGAAGACGACGUGGACAUUGGACUUGUUCCACACGAAGGCCUAGUUCCACCCACAGUCCACAUCAGAGACCUGGAGCUCAGUGAGAACUCAGCUUCUCUCACCCAAAGAAGCAUCAGCCAGGUUUUAGAUGAGGUGAAAACAGUUCCCUCCAGCAGCCAGGAGGUGGCAGACUGCACCAGGACUCUGACUGCUCCGGAGCUCUACCAAGUCAUCAUAAGUCCGUUGUUCGUGGACUUCGGCAGUGUGUGUGUGGAGACGGUGUGUGUUCGAACAGUGCGGCUCGUUAAUGGUCUGCCAGCGUACGUCUGGGUGCAGCUGGAGGUGGAUUCUCCUGAGCUGCAAGGCUCCUCACCGCUCUCAUACGUUCUGCCUCCUCACACUCAGACCAGCUUCCCACUGACGUUUGAGAGCCACCAGCUGGGUCCCUUCUGCAGCUCCGUGUCUUACAGUGUAAACCAGCAGCACCCUGGUCAGAUCCUGGUCCAGGCUCAGGUCACUCCCAUGGUCCUGGAGCUGUCCACCAAGCUGCUGGUGCUGCGGCCCACCCCCAACACACUGGCUGCAUCUGGAUACAGGAGCUCAGUGAGCCUUCGCAACCAGUGCAACUGUGCAGUGGGCUUCACCUGGCAGCCAGUCGCCACAGAGACCGACUUCCUGUUCUCCAUCAGGCCAGCCACAGGAACAGUGGAGGCAUACAUGGAGCUGGACUGUGAGGUGGUGUGGUUUCCCUCUUUCUCCUCCCCUUCAGAGGGAGACUUUGACCUCAUUGUCCACGAGGGCAACACUCAGCGCUUGCACUGUGUUGUCAAGGUUGGAACCACCACCGUCCAGCUGCCAGAGAAACGACUCGUCUUUGAUUCUGUGCCUCUCAACCUAACGUCCACCAGGACAGCUGUCUUACACAACACAGGACAGAACCACGCCUAUUACCAGGUUCUAGACGUGUGCCCUGUGCCUGGUAUGAUGGUGAGUUCGUGUGAAGGUGUGGUACCAAGCUGUGGACUGGCGCACGUUAAAGUCCACUUCAACCCAGACUGCAUCCUCAGAUUUGAUGCCAAGAUCAAGAUUGCUCUGAAGAACAUGAAGUCCAUGGAGCUGAGAGUGGCUGGAUCAGUGGAGCCUCCUAAUGUAGACAUCAGUGUGUCCCACUUUGAGUUCAGUGGAGUCCACACUGGUUCUCGACAAGUCAUUCCGUUCAGUCUGACAAAUCGUUCCUCAGCUGCAGCCCGAGUCAUCUUCGAUUUGUCGGAGUACGAGGACUUCUCUGUGCAGCCUUCUCAGCCCUGCACAAAAGCAGGUCUCAGUGUCAUAGAGCUCCACGCCGGUCAGACGGAGGAAUGCUUCCUCGUCUUUUCCCCAACACAGGUGGUCUGUCACGACUUUUACCUGCCGCUGAUGAUCAGUGGAGUGAGGUGGCCCGCCCAUUCUUUAUCUCCUUCCCCCUCAUCCACGUCURUCUCACUGACAGCUGACAGCAGGAGUCACAUCAAAGCUUAUCCUCACUUUGUUGCCAUGGCCACGCAGCAGCCACCCUGGGUACAAGCCACAGCCCUGUUUGCUCCACUGGACAUGUCCCCCACAAGACUAGAGUUUAAUGUGGAGCCCCAGCUUGACUCUUACUCACAGAGUGUGGAGCUGAAAGCAGAGGGUGAAGACAGUGUUUGCUGGCGUGCUGUCACAGAAGACUGUGUGCACUGGUGGUUUGACUGCAGUGUGAUGUCAGGGCCUGCACAAAGCACAAAAGACCAGCAGCUGUGUGUGGUGUCUCCUUCAUCUGGCACACUCAGGCCUGGUCAGGCUGUGGGGUUAGUGGUUUCUGUCAAACCUGAAGCGCUCAGAACAGGAGAAAAGGUGACCAAACUUUCCAUCCCACUGUAUUUGGGAGUGAAUUCAGAGGAGAGAAAUGAAGGACAACAUCCCUACAGAGAGUUGUCGAUCACCAUUAUCCUCCAUCUUCCAAAUAUCACCUUCCACCCCCGUCAGAUCCUUCUCACCCCAGUACCCCUGGCAAGAAGCAUAGAAACCACACUCACCCUACUGGCUGAGGGCUAUCAAAGUGGAACAAGGAUAUCAGCUGAAGUGGAUGAGGUGCAAAUGGAGGAUGGGACGAAGAUACAGCCCAUCUCUGUCAUCUUUCCUGAGGGAAACACUGUUCAGGCCCAAGACCAGAACCAGCAGCAAAGCAAAGUCACCCCUCUGCUGUGYAGUGUGUCCUUCUGCUCCAGCGUCCCUCUGUCAGUGUGUACAAACAUCACCUUCACUGAUCACAUCAACAACAGAUUCCUGAUAAAGUUGUGUGCUGUUGCUGAGAACUGUCUGUUGACCGUCUGGCCCUACAUGGCCCUGCACCCAUCGGAUCAACAAAUAGUUGUAAAGACAGGGGCCACAGCUGAGGAGGCGGUUCUUCAGUACUGUCUCACGUCACACGUGACUGAAUCUGGCCUGACUGCUUCAUCAUCAUCAUCAUCAUCAUUUGAUUACAACAGCUCAACAUACAGGAACUCAGAGUCCUUCUCAUACAGUGACAGUGAGAGUGAAGAGUCCAGCAGGGACACGUCUCACAACAGAGACACUCCAGCCAGACUCAGCAUCCCAGAAUUCCCUGCUGCCAGCACCGAGGCAGGACAGUAUUACCAGAGUGUGUUAUUAGCUGUGGAGAGGUGGUUUAGCCUGUUUGGAUGGCCAAGUGGUCCACACCCCAUUUCUAUACCACACACUCUCAGAAGAGUCGUGUCAAAAAGUCAAACAAAGUACAGCAAAAGUCGAACUUAUGGUGUGAUUUUUGACAAAGAUACCAGGUCUGUAGUGGAUAUGCUGCAUUAUCUGACAGGCAGACAGAUCCCUGGUGUUGGUCUCUGUCAGACCUUUUCCACUGAUGUAGACCAGAGAACCAAUCAGCUGCUUCAACAACACAAAGCCAUGCUGGAUUUUCUCAGGGUUCAGGGAGCCAGUCUGUGUCACAUCAGACCAGAGUACUUACUAGAUGUCCUGGAGUUUCAACACUGGUGCUCUCUGCAGUCAAACACAGAGAGUGAGCUCAACUUGAACAGUUCUGACUAUGAGUCUCUGAGCAGACGGUCCUGGACUGACGUGCUUCUACAGAUUUACAAGGUUGUUGUGUUGUGUCGUGUGUCAACGGGAGCUUUAAGCGUCACAGAUGGAUUCUCAUUCUGUGGGUCUCAGUCCCUGGUCAGUAACCUCUACUCACCUCAUGAGCUGCGGUUACUGUCGUGGCUCAACAUGCACUACCAGAGGAUGAGGGAAGCUGUGUGGGGCACAGAUGGAGUCCCAGCAACGCGCUGGAUCGUAAACUUUGACCUGGACCUUGCAGACGGACUGGUGCUCGCUGCUCUGCUUGCUGCCUACUGCCCUUAUCUGAUAAAAAGCCACUUCCGGAGACUUUACACCACCAUUAGCAGCCUGGAGCAGAUUCUUCACAACAAUCUCAUCGUGGCUCAGGCUCUGACCACGCUUGGUGUCAACAUGGACAUACAGUCCACAGAUCUGUCUGACUCCAACCCAGUGCAGAUGUUGGUUUUGUGUGUUCACCUGUAUGAGGUGCUGCCUCACUACCUGCCCUCACACACCGUGACUCUGUCAGGAGGCCUCCACAGUACGGUCAGCAAGCAGGUGCGUCUGAAAARCCCUUCGUCUCAGCCCGUCAAGUAUCGGGCCUUUAUUUUAGGAGAGGAUGCUCAAUUCUUUUCUCUGCCUAAUGGAUCUGUGGUCACCAUCCCCCCAGAGUCAAACACUCUCCUGACUGUUCAGGUCAGCUGUUUCUUCCUGCAGCCCAUGAAGGCCAUUCUUCUGCUCCGCUCCCUCUCUGGUCUUCAGUGUGCUGCGCGGACAUUUAAUCUGGAAACACUCGUCAGCCACAUCAAAUGCACAAAAGCUGUGCAGUGCAGUUCUCCAUGUUACCAGCUGAGAGUGGUUGAAGUGCCAAUUACUAACAAAUUCAACAAAGAAGCUAAUUUUAGGGUGGUGCUGGUGGAGUCCAACUUUAACCCCCUGGAUCUUCAACAAGAACCUUCUAAUGACAAAUCUGCCUGUGCCCUGGGUCGUUUCGUCGGUCUUGACAGAAGCCUUCGAAUUGGGACAGCACUUGGCGCUAGGAAGAAGGUGACCACAAAUAUUACUGAUGGCUGGGAGAUGGAAGGCGGUGAAGACUCAGAGUUCCUGAGUACUGUGAGGGCUGUUGGUCUACAGUCUGGCCAAUCAGACACUCUCAGAAUCCUCUACCUGCCAUUCUUCACAGGGACAAAAUUCUGCACUGUGCUGCUGACCUGUCCUCAGGUAGGGGAUAUGGUGUACAUGGUGAAGGCUACAGCAGAACUACCACUUCCUUCUCCUGUCUUUGCAAAGCCAAGUUCUGACUCGAGUUUCAUUACAAAGGAUUCUGACACAGGUGUGUCUGUGCUCAGGCUUCACUGUCAUGUCGGAGACGUGUGUGAGGAGGUUUUUCAGGUGUCCCGGGUCAACGAGUCCUGGGAGAACGCUCUGGCUGUCUGGGCUCAGCACUGCAUGAGCGCCGGCGAGCGCAGGAGGCGACUGCUGACCCACACUUUGUACAGCAGCACCGUGAGAGAGUCCACGGCCACACACAAGUUCACAAAACAGAUGCUCUUAAAUGUUAAGCACAGUAAAGGGAUAGAAUACAACGUGGAGGUUUCUUUGCCGCAGUACUUCUCUUUACCUGAAACGGUUGUAAUACCUGUGAAGGAGGUGAACACAUCACAGGAGAACCCUGCAGGUCCAGUAGAUUGUGUGAACAUUCCACUGAGGUUCCAGGCUGACUCUGUGGGGCAGUUCACCACUAACAUAGCUCUGACUUCAUUUAGUGACACCAGAGUGUUUGUCCUAGAAGCUCAGGUCACUUCACAGAAUAAACUGUCUGCACACAGCGAGGGUGACAGCACAGAGCACACGUUCACCCCGAGGGGACAGGGAGAGUGCCCCCUGCUGGUGGAACACGUAGUGUUAUCCUGCCCUGUUGGGACGACCACUUCCACCCAGCUGCGUGUUCCCAACUACAGCCUGAGACAGCUGACUCUAAAAGUCCAGACAGAUCUGUCUGUUGUGAGUGGUGCCCCAAUCGUGAAGCUUAAACCUGGACACAGAUGUUUAUAUAAUCUAGCUGUGACACCAUGGAGACGAGGAAAACAGACAGGCUCUGUGUCGUUUGUACAAACUACUGAUGUACAAGAGGCAGAUAAAGACAAAGGAGAUGUAUUCAGACACUACGCCACUUUCUCUCUUGAACUGAUUUGUGAGCCAGCAGCACCUGUCAAGGUCAUCCACAUCCAGUGUGUCAGCGAGAGUUCCGUUACCAUGGAGAUACCUGUCAGUAACCCUGGAGAAGAGCCUCUGAUGCUGGAUGUGUCCCUGGAAGGAGGCAAUCUGACUGGGGCCAGCUCGGUUUCUGUUCCCCCACGGGGGACCGUCAGCUACAGGGCUUCGUUUUCUCCUGUUAGUGUGGGGAAGAUCACAGGCAGCGUGGUGUUCCAGUCGGAGCAGGUCAGGGAGUUCUGGUACCAGCUGGAUAUGUACAUUCUCCCCCCUCCGGUCAACAAGCUACCAAAGACUCGCUGUCUGCUUGGCAGAUGGAUCCAGCUAAAACUUCCCCUUGUUAAUCCAACACCUGAGGCUCUGGAGCUAAUCGUAACUAACACAAACCCCAGGAACUACACACUGGAGAUGGAUUCAGCAGACACUUAUUGGCCCCAUAUCAUGGUGGAACCAUGGUCCUUUACUCAUCUGGGUGUCCGCUUUAGUCCUUCUGCAGUUGGACAGGAGAACCAUCGGGGGAAAAUUACUUUUAAGUGUUCUCAGUUGCAGGAAUGGUGUGUUUUGUUGAAUGGUCAUGGACUGAAGCCUAAGUGGGAGGAGCCUUUGUGUGUGUCUUCUGUGAUUGGGCUCACUUCCUCCAUCAGUAUUCCCUUCACAAACCCCAUCGAACUCCCUGCAACCCUCACCGUCAUCAUAACAGAUGAAAACCCAAGCGAAACUCCCACCUGCYAUCUGGUCACUGAUAAGAAGGCCUUCUCUUGUCCUCUGGGUCACUCCAAAGCAGUACGUAUAACUGAAAGGGCAACCAUUGAUGUGCCCAUAGUGUUUGCACCGAACUCUGUGGGUUUGCAGGAGGCGUGGCUCUGCAUCACCAUGAAACCCAUCAGCACCCGGAGCAACAGCAUUAAAUCCAGCUUCAGCUCAGAGGAAGAAUGUUCAAACAGCUGCUGGAUUUAUCCACUUUACGGGAUUUCCACAGCAUUUCCUACUGAGAACUSUCCACUUGGCGUGGUUCAGUGUGAGGUGGGUUAUCAGCUGGUAAAGAGCGUGGAAGUCCAGCUGACAGGUUACACUCCCCUGAGUAGAGACCUGAAGGGUCAYGGAGUUCUGAUGGAAGACUUCAGGUGCCAGAUGCUUUCAGACAGUGAAGCAGAGCAGUCUGAGCUGAGGAAACACCUGUCUGUAACUACUGAAGAGGCAAAGAGAGACCCUGAGAACAGCAUCAUUAUCCUAACCCUGCGUCUGGUCUAUACGCCCCUCAGGACCUGCAGGUGUUCGGGUCUCCUUCUGGUUCAGUCUGAAUCUGGGAAGAGGUGGGAGUUUCCCAUCGUUCUUAUUGCGUCGAAGCCUCAGGUGAAGGAGGAACCUGCUGUCUGACCACCAGGCAGCAGACAUGCAGUGGACUGGUGAGGUGAGACUCCUCGCCUCGAUGUACCUCAUCCAUCAAGGACUCCUCUUCAGAACCAGUUCCCUCCAGAGAACAGCAGCAGAACUUGGUGCUUCAUAUUUCUUCUCCUGUCAAACCACCACUCUUACAGCUUUUCUGUAGUCAUUUUUAGAUUUAGUAUCUCUUUAAGAAAGUUGCCUCAGUUCUUUUUUCUUCUUGUUUUGGUUCAUUAACUACAUUAGUGUUUCUCAUCAGCAGCUCUAAUUAGAUUUUUCUCUGCCAAGAAAACCUACUUAUGUCAAGAAAAUAAAAGCUUCCGCAGCA